UCAUGGAAUUUGCGCGAGUGUUUUGAAAUUGUUGUUAACGUUGUCAUCGUUGUGAUCAAACCACAACAUCCAAUUCUCUGAUUAGUUAUCAUGCAGACGUACAAGUUCACAAGUGGACAUAUAGAUUUAGCCAAAUCAGUUACUGUUACUGUUAACGUUACCAUCGUUGUCAACGUUGUUAACGUUGUGAUCAAACAACAACAUCCAAUUCUCUGAUUAGUUAUCAUGCAGACGUACAAGUUCACAAGUGGACAUAUAGAUUUAGCCAAAUCAGUUACUGAUAAAUUGCGCCGUAAAUCAUUAAAUUUUGUCAGCGUAUGGCGACGUCUUGCGUGUUCAUCUCCAAACUUGUACAAUAAUAAUACUAAUACUACUACUAGUAAUAGUAUUAAUACGGCUUCACUAGCAGAAAUCAACAGUAAUUCAUUUGCCGACGCAGAGAUUUCUAGUAAAAAGAGGAAGUUAGGGGACAAUGAUCUCAGUAACAUUAAUGGAUUUGAACCAAAACCAUUGCCGGUGGCCCUGGAAGUGUGCCAAGUAGAAAAUGGCAAUCAUAAUAAAGACCAGAAAGUGAACCAUGACAGUGAAAGUGAGAUUGGAUUAGACUGUGGUGUUGCCGACGGAGCUGCAAAGCUACGUGAUUCCCUAAACAGUGCAGGCACUGAUGGCAGCUGUAUUGUUGAGGUAGCAAAUCUCCUUUCAAGCGUGUCACCGUCACAGGUUUCGCAUCUAUGUAAGUUCUUGCAAUUGGAUUCUGUCGAUGUAAAGCAACUUGCGGGAAUCUGCACCAACCUAAGAGAUCAACACACAGACAUGAGUUACUCGGCAUGUGUGCAGUUUUGCGAACAGGCAAUUUACCCCAAGGUAGCAGGGUUGCAGCACACUCCAUCGAGACUCCUCAUGACAACAAUAGGCUCAUUUGCAAAGCAGUUUCAGAAGCAGGUUGCUGAAGGGGUGAUUCUCAGUUGCUUUAAAAAUAAUGCUAUUGGUGCUGUACAAUGUGACUUGAUCGCUAGACUUGUGAAGGACACGUUACUCAGUGAAAGCAAAACCUUUGUGUUUAGUUACACGUUGGAGCCGAUGUAUUUGUGGACUGAUGAGGUCGUCCCAAUUGUGCAGUUGAUUGUUAGUGGACAACCGAGUCUAGAUGAGACACUACAGCGUAAACUAGCAGCUAAACUGUUGCAAGAGUCGACACGCCUGUGUAGCAGCAUCAAAUAUGCAAAGCUGCUGCUAGCUGUCGUUUCAACGUUUGGAAAAACG